AUGGCGGUUGUAAAGCCUUUUGUUCAUGCAUUCUUUUUGCUUUUAAUUUGCACAACUGGUAAUGUAUGUGACAGAAAGCUUGUUGGUGAGGAAAAGGCAUCCGUUGAAGUUCAUAACAUGUUAGAUAAUGAUGUUACGGUUUUCGCCAAUAUUGAGGAUGCUGAUAAUAUUGGAGUGAUGCGUACAAGAGUGUUCAUGGGUGAUACUGGAGAAAAGCCCGAUUUCGGUGCGGGUGCGGGUGCGGGUGCGGGUGCGGGUGCUGGUGCUGGUGCUGGUGCGGGUUCCGGUGCCGGUGCCGGUGCCGGUGCCGGUGCGGGAGCCGGUGCGGGUGCGGGUGCGGGUACGGGUGCGGGUGCGGGUGCUGGUGCGGGUGCGGGUGCGGGUGCAGGUGCUGGUGCGGGUGCGGGUGCGGGUGCGGGUGCAGAUGCUGAUAGUGGUGUUGGUGUUGAUGUGGAUGCUAAUGCGGGAGCCGGUGAUGUAGGUGCUAGUGGGGGAGCAGGUAUUAGUGUUGGUUUCAGUUUCAAUAGUUUCGGUGGUGAUAUUGAUGCUAGUAUUGGUUUCAAUUUCGGUCCUAGUCCUAGUCCUGGUCCUAGUUUCAAUUUCGUUCCCGGUCCUAGUUUCAAUUUCAGUCCGAAUGUUGGUGUUGGUGUUGAUGUUUAA